UCUCUUUCGCCGGAGGCAGCCGCCGCGACCAGUACUGGUGUCAGCGUGAGCUAUAAGAGUCGAGUAAAGGGCCCAGGCUUACAAAGGCGAAGGAAGAAAAGGCCCGGGUUCGGGACAAGUAGGAGGUGGUGACGCAGGAGAAAUGUACCACCUGAAGUCCUUCUGAGCACUUUGUGCGUUCCCUCACUAAAUUAAGAGGUUAUGAAAUGGUCUCUGCCUGAUGGUCUGUAAUUGAAUUGGAGACUUUUAGUGCUCACAUGUGCUGGUGCUUCAUCUUCCAUAAGUGGACUAUAAUUUCUUCUCUUAGGACAACUACAUAAACAUUCAAAAUAGCAAAGAUCUGUUCUGUGUCAAGUAUGACAGCCAUUACUCGUGGCUCUCCAGUAGGAGGGAGUGACAGCCAGGGCCAAGCUUCUGAUGAACAGUCUCAGCCCCAUUUCCAACAAAAUGAGACCUUGCCACCUGAUUCUUCCAAUGAGAAUUCCCCAGCAACACCUCCAGAUGAACAGGGUCAAGGUGAUGCUCCACUACAAUUUGAAGAUGAGGAACCUGCAUUUCCAUAUACUGAUUUGGCAAAGUUGGAUGACAUGAUCAAUAAGCCUCGAUGGGUAGUUCCUGUUUUGCCAAAUGGGGAAUUAGAAGUUCUUUUAGAAGCUGCUAUUGAGCUUAGCAAGAAAGGCCUUGAUAUUAAAAGUGAAGUAUGUCAACGCUUUUUCCGUGAAGGGCUAACAGUAUCUUUUACUAAAAUCCUUAUGGAUGAAGCAGUGAGUGGAUGGAAGUUUGAAAUUAGUAGGUGUAUUUUUAACAAUACUCAUCGCCUAGUAGAGCUUUGUGUGACCAAGUUGAACCAAGACUGGUUUCCACUUCUAGAACUUCUUUCCAUGGCUUUGAACCCUUAUUGCAAAUUCCAUAUCUACAAUGGUACACGCCCAAGUGAAUCAAUUUCCACAAAUGCUCAGCUGUCUGAAGAUGAAUUAUAUGCUUGUUCUUCGGACCCUCGAUCACCAAAAGGAUGGCUAGUGGAUCUCAUCAAUAAAUUAGGCACAUUAAAUGGAUUCCAGAUUUUACAUGAUCGUUUCAUUAAUGGAUCAACCUUCAAUGUUCAACUCAUAGCAGCUCUUAUCAGACCUUUUGGACAAUGCUAUGAGUUUCUCAGUCUAAAUACAGUGAGAAAAUACUUCCUUCCAGUUAUAGAAAUAGUUCCACAGUUGUUAGAAAAUUUAACUGAUGAAGAACUAAAAAAGGAAGCAAAAAAUGAGACCAGAAAUGAUGCCCUAUCCAUGAUUAUCAAGUCUUUGAAGAAUUUAGCUUCUAGAGUUCCAGGACAGGAAGAAACUAUAAAAUGUUUAGAAAUUUUUAAGUUGAAGAUGAUACUCAGAUUGUUGCAGAUAUCUUCUUUUAAUGGAAAGAUGAAUGCACUCAAUGAAAUUAAUAAGGUGAUAUCUAGUGUAUCAUACUAUACGCAUCGGCAUGGUAAUCCUGAAGAGGAAGAAUGGCUGACAGCUGAGCGAAUGGCAGAGUGGAUACAACAGAACAGUAUCUUAUCCAUUGUCUUGAGAGAUAGUCUUCAUCAACCACAGUAUGUAGAAAAAUUAGAGAAGAUUCUUCGUUUUUUGAUUAAAGAAAAAGCACUUACAUUACAGGACCUUAAUAACAUCUGGGCUGCACAGGCUGGAAAACAUGAAGCCAUUGUGAAAAAUGUACAUGAUCUACUAGCAAAAUUGGCUUGGGAUUUUUCUCCUGAACAACUUGAUCAUCUUUUUGACUGUUUUAAGGGAAGUUGGACAAAUGCAAGUAAAAAGCAACGUGAAAAACUACUUGAGCUAAUACGUCGACUUGCAGAAGAUGAUAAAGAUGGUGUGAUGGCACACAAAGUGUUGAACCUUCUUUGGAAUCUGGCCCAUAGUGAUGAUGUACCUGUAGACAUCAUGGACUUAGCUCUUAAUGCACACAUCAAAAUACUAGAUUAUAGUUGUUCUCAGGAUCGAGAUACACAAAAGAUCCAGUGGAUAGAUCGCUUUAUAGAAGAACUUCGCACAGAUGGCAAGUGGGUAAUUCCUGCUCUUAAACAAAUAAGAGAAAUAUGUAGUUUGUUUGGUGAAGCACCUCAGAAUUUCAGUCAAACUCAGCGAAGUCCUCAUGUUUUUUAUCGUCAUGAUUUAAUCAACCAGCUUCAGCACAAUCAUGCCUUGGUUACUUUGGUGGCAGAAAACCUUUCAGUUUAUAUGAAUAGCAUAAAAGUAUAUGCUAGAGAUCAUAAAGAGUAUGACCCACAAACUGUGAGGCUUGGAAGUAGAUAUAGUCAUGUUCAAGAAGUCCAAGAACGACUUAACUUUUUGAGAUUUCUGUUGAAGGAUGGCCAACUGUGGCUCUGUGCUCCUCAGGCAAAACAAAUUUGGAAGUGCUUAGCAGAGAAUGCAGUUUAUCUUUGUGAUCGAGAAGCCUGUUUUAAGUGGUAUUCCAAGUUAAUGGGUGAUGAACCAGAUUUAGAUCCUGAUAUUAAUAAGGAGUUCUUUGAAAGUAAUGUCCUUCAGCUUGAUCCUUCCCUGUUAACUGAAAACGGAAUGAAAUGUUUUGAAAGAUUCUUCAAAGCUGUUAAUUGUCGAGAAGGAAAACUAGUAGCAAAAAGAAGAGCCUAUAUGAUGGAUGAUUUGGAGCUAAUAGGAUUAGACUACCUUUGGAGAGUUGUGAUUCAGGGUAAUGAUGACAUUGCCUGCAGAGCUAUUGAUCUUCUUAAAGAGAUAUACACAAACCUUGGUCCCAGGUUACAGGUCAAUCAGGUGGUUAUUCAUGAAGAUUUCAUUCAUUCUUGUUUUGAUCGUUUGAAAACCUCAUAUGAUACAUUAUGUGUUUUGGAUUGUGACAAAGACAGUAUUAAUUGUGCAAAACAGGAAGCCAUUCGAAUGGUUCGAGUAUUAACUGUUUUAAGAGAAUACAUAAAUGAAUGUGACAGUGAUUACCACGAAGAAAGAUUGAUUCUCCCCAUGUCAAGAGCAUUUCGUGGAAAGCAGCUCUCUCUUACAAUUCGCUUUCCAAAUCAGGGCAGACAAGUUGAUGACUUGGACAUAUGGUCUCAUACAAACGAUACAAUUGGCUCAGUACGACGAUGUAUUCUCAAUCAUAUUAAAGCAAAUGUAGCCCAUACAAAACUAGAACUCUUUGUGGGUGGUGAGGUGAUAGAUUCUGAGGAUGACAGAAAGCUAAUUGGACAAUUAAACUUAAAAGAUAAAUCACUAAUUACAGCUAAACUUACACAAAUAAAUUCCAACAUGCCUUCAAGUCCUGAUAGCUCUUCUGACUCUUCAACUGGCUCUCCUGGCAACCACUGUAGUCAUUACAGUGAUGGUCCCAAUCCCGAAGUGGAAAGUUGUUUGCCUGGGGUGAUAAUGUCGCUGCAUCCCAGAUACAUCUCUUUUCUUUGGCAAAUUGCAGAUUUAGGUAGUAGUCUAAAUUCGCCACCUCUUAGAGAUGGAGCAAGAGUACUUAUGAAGCUUAUGCCACCAGAUAGGACAACCAUAGAAAAACUAAAAGCUAUAUGUUUCUGCCCUGCAAAUGGAGAAAACAACCUAGGUUUAUCUCUUGACUCACUUUUUUUGAGUCCGUCUGCCUCCCAAGUUUUGUACCUAACAGAGGUGGUUUAUGUCAUGUUAAUGCCUGCUGGUACACCUCUAGUUGAUAGUUCUUCUGACUUUCACUUGCAUUUCUUGAAAAGUGGUGGCUUAUCCCUUGUCCUGAGUAUGCUAGUAAAGCAUAACUUUUUAACAAAUACAGAUACAGAAACUCGAAGGGAUGCUUACUUCAGUGCUCUUAAAAUAGCUAAACUAUUGUUAACUGCUGUUGGCUAUGGCCAUGUUCGAGCCAUAGCAGAAGCUUGUCAGCCAGCUUUAGAUGGUGCAGAUCCUGUUACACCGAUUAACCAAGUUACUCAUGAUCAAGCAGUGGUACUACAAAGUGCCCUUCAGAGCAUUCCUAAUCCUUCAUCUGAGUGCAUGCUUAGAAAUAUAGCUAUUCGUCUUGGUCAGCAAAUAUCUGAUGAGGCUUCAAAAUAUAUGCCUGAUACCUAUGUAAUUAGAGCUAUACAAAAAAUCAUUUGGGCAUCAGGAUGUGGAGCAUUAGCACUAGUAUGUGGACCAUAUGAAGAAAUCACUAAAAUUUAUGAGAUGAGCCACAGUGGAAGCAGUCAGCCAGAGGUAGAAGAUGAACUGGUUUGCUGUGAAGGACUGGAAGUGAUGACUUUGUGUUUUGCUUUAAUUCCAACGGCCUUGGAUGCAUUUAGUAAAGAAAAAUAUUGGCAGACAUUCAUCAUUGACGUAUUACUGCACUGUCCCAGCAAAACUGUUCGGCAGUUGGCACAAGAGCAAUUUUUCUUAAUGUGCACCAGAUGUUGCAUGGGACACAGGCCUCUGCUUUUCUUCAUUGCUCUACUCUUUACAAUUUUGGGGAGCACAGCAAGAGAGAGGGGAAUAUAUUCAGGCGACUAUUUCACACUUUUACGGCACCUUCUUAAUUAUGCUUACAAUACCAGUAUUAUUGUACCCAGUGCUGACAUUCUUCUGAAAAAUGAAAUUGAUUGGCUCAAAAGGAUUAGGGAUAAUGUAAAAAGUACGGGUGAAACUGGUGUUGAAGAGCCUAUCUUGGAAGGCCACCUAGGGGUAACAAAAGAAUUACUAGCUUUUCAGACCCCUGAGGAAAAGUACUACAUUGGUUGUGCAAAAGGUGGUGCUAAUCUUGUUAAAGAAUUAAUUGAUGAUUUCAUCUUUCCUGCAUCCAAAGUUCACCUGCACUUUAUGAAACAUGGAGAACUUCAUGCUGAGCAGGACAUUCCAGUCUGUAGUUCACCAGCUACCAUCAGUGCUGGUUUUGAACUGCUAGUAGCAUUAGCUGUUGGCUGUGUAAGGAAUCUCAAACAAAUCGUAGACUGUUUGACUGAAAUGUAUUACAUAGGCACAGCAUUAACUACGUGUGAAACACUUACUGAGUGGGAAUAUUUGCCACCUGUUGGGCCUCGCCCAGUGAAAGGAUUUGUUGGACUAAAAAAUGCUGGUGCUACUUGUUACAUGAAUUCUGUGAUCCAGCAGCUCUACAUGAUUCCUUCCAUCAGGAACAGUAUUCUUACAAUUGAAGGCACAUGUGGGGACAUAGAUGAUGAUAUGUUUGGGGAUGAAAAGCAGGACAAUGAGAGUAAUGUUGACCCCCAAGAUGAUGUAUUUGGAUAUCCUCAUCAAUUUGAAGAGAAACCAGCAUUAAGUAAGACAGAUGAUAGGAAAGAGUAUAAUAUUGGUGUCCUAAAACACCUUCAGGUCAUCUUUGGUCACUUAGCGGCUUCCCGACUACAAUACUAUGUGCCCAGAGGAUUCUGGAAACAGUUCAGGCUUUGGGGUGAACCUGUUAAUCUCCGCGAACAGCACGAUGCUUUAGAAUUUUUUAAUUCUUUGGUGGAUAGUUUAGAUGAAGCUUUAAAAGCCUUAGGAUAUCCUGCUAUGCUAAGUCAAGUCCUGGGAGGCUCUUUUGCUGAUCAGAAGAUUUGUCAAGGCUGCCCACAUAGAUACGAAUGUGAGGAAUCUUUCACAACUUUGAAUGUGGACAUUAGAAAUCAUCAAAGUCUUCUUGACUCUUUGGAGCAAUAUAUCAAAGGAGAUUUAUUAGAAGGUGCAAAUGCAUAUCAUUGUGAAAAGUGUGAUAAAAAGGUUGAUACAGUAAAGCGCUUGCUAAUUAAAAAAUUGCCUUGUGUUCUUACUAUCCAACUGAAACGAUUUGAUUAUGAUUGGGAAAGAGAAUGUGCAAUCAAAUUCAACGAUUAUUUUGAAUUUCCACGAAAGUUGGAUAUGGAACCUUACACAGUUGCAGGUGUUGCAAAGCUGGAAGAAGAUAAUGUGAAUCAAGAGAGUAUUUUGAUUGAACAGAAUGAGCAAUCAGAAAGUGAGCUUGCAGGAAGCACAAAAUACAGACUUGUAGGUGUGCUUGUACAUAGUGGACAAGCAAGUGGUGGGCAUUACUAUUCUUACAUCAUUCAAAGGAGCAGUAAAGAUGGUGAGAGAGAUCACUGGUAUAAAUUUGAUGAUGGAGAUGUAACGGAAUGUAAAAUGGAUGAUGAUGAAGAAAUGAAAAAUCAGUGUUUUGGUGGAGAGUACAUGGGAGAAGUAUUUGAUCAUAUGAUGAAGCGCAUGUCAUACAGGCGGCAGAAAAGGUGGUGGAAUGCUUAUAUACUUUUUUAUGAACGUAUGGACACAAUAGAGGAAGAUGAUGAGAUGAUAAGAUACAUAUCAGAACUAACAAUCACAAGACCCCAUCAGAUUACUAUGUCACCAGCCAUUGAGAGAAGUGUACGGAAACAAAAUGUACAAUUCAUGCAUAACCAAAUGCAGUAUAGUUUAGAAUAUUUUCAGUUUGUGAAAAAUCUGCUUACAUGUAAUGGUAUUUACUUAAACACUGCUCCAGGACAAGAUCUUUUGUUUCCUGAAGCAGAAGAAAUCUCCAUGAUUAGUGUUCAGCUUGCUGCCAGAUUUCUGUUUACCACUGGAUUUCACACUAAGAAGAUAGUCCGUGGUCCUGCCAGUGAUUGGUAUGAUACACUGUGCCUUCUCCUCCGUCACAGCAAGAAUGUACGUUUUUGGUUUGCUCAUAAUGUCCUUUUUAAUGUAUCAAACCGCUUCUCUGAAUACCUUCUGGAAUGCCCUAGUGCAGAAGUCCGGGGAGCAUUUGCAAAACUUAUAGUAUUUAUUGCUCAUUUUUCCUUGCAAGAUGGGUCUUGUCCUGUGUCUUUUGCAUCUCCAGGAUCUUCUAACCAGGUGUGUGAUAAUUUGAGCUUGAGCGAUCAUUUACUAAGAGCAGUACUGAAUCUCUUGAGAAGGGAAGUUUCAGAGAAUGGCCGUCAUUUACAGCAGUAUUUCAAUUUGUUUGUAAUGUAUGCCAAUCUAGAAGAUUGUAGGCAGUUUGAUCAUUACUUUUUUUUCUUAACUAUUACACUUAACUAUCCUAACUUUUUUUUUUUUUUUAAAAGGGGGGGCAGAGCAAAGACACAACUUCUGAAAUUGAAUGUACCUGCUACCUUUAUGCUUGUGUCUCUAGAUGAAGGACCAGGUCCUCCAAUCAGAUAUCAGUAUGCAGAAUUAGGCAAAUUAUAUUCAGUAGUAUCUCAGCUGAUCUGCUGUUGUAAUGUCUCAGCAAGAAUGCAAUCUUCAAUCAAUGGUAAUCCUCCUCUUCUCAACCCUUUUGGUGACCCUAAUUUAUCACAACCCAUAAUGCCAAUUCAGCAGAAUGUUGCAGAUAUUUUAUUUGUGAGAACCAGUUAUGUGAAGAAAAUUAUUGAAGACUGCAGUAACUCAGAGGAGACCAUCAAAUUGCUUCGUUUUUGCUGCUGGGAGAAUCCUCAGUUCUCAUCUACUGUCCUGAGUGAACUUCUCUGGCAGGUUGCAUAUUCAUACACAUGUGAACUUCGACCAUAUUUGGAUCUACUUUUGCAAAUUUUACUGAUUGAGGACUCCUGGCAGACUCAUAGAAUUCAUAAUGCAGUUAACGGAAUCCCAGAUGACCGAGAUGGGCUGUUUGAUACAAUCCAUCGCUCUAAGAAUCACCAUCAAAAAAGAGCAUAUCAAUGUAUAAAAUGUAUGGUAGCUCUGUUUAGCAGUUGUCCUGUUGCUUACCAAAUCUUACAGGGCAAUGGAGAUCUUAAAAGAAAGUGGACCUGGGCAGUCGAAUGGCUUGGAGAUGAACUUGAAAGGAGACCAUAUACUGGCAAUCCUCAGUACAGUUACAAUAAUUGGUCUCCACCGGUUCAAAGCAAUGAAACAUCAAAUGGUUAUUUCUUAGAGAGAUCACAUAGUGCUAGGAUGACACUUGCAAAAGCUUGUGAACUCUGUCCAGAGGAGGAGCCAGAUGACCAAGAUGCCCCAGAAGAGCAUGAAUCAUCUCCACCAGAAGAUGCCCUAUUAUAUUCUCAUUCACCUGGAGCUCAGUAUCAACAGAAUAAUCAUGUGCAUGGACAGCCAUAUACAGGUCCAGCACCACAUCACUUGCACAACCUGCAGAGAACUGGCCAACGAACACAAGAAAAUUAUGAAGGCAGUGAAGAAAUAUCAUCACCUCAAAUGAAGGAUCAGUGAAAUGCACAUAGUUAACUGGUUCAAUUAAGACCACACACUCAGGCCUUUAGUUUAAUACUUUUUUCUC